AUGCUUCUUUCUUUUCUAUUUGCGUUGAGCGCAUUUGCGAGCGUUGCGUUCACCAAUCCUUUGCCUCUGCCUGAGAUAUCUAUACAAUCCAUCAAGCGAUCUGAGGCCGGCCCUGAGAUAUCUGGUGCGAAUUUCCCAGAUCCCGCAAUUAUCAAGGUGGGCUCUACCUGCAUCCACAUCCAAGUAGCGAGCUCGCCAGACUUUACUACUUGGAAUAUCAUAAACAAGUCCGAUGGUACACAAUUCGAUGCUCUGCCCAAUCUGCCGGCAUGGGUAGACGCCUCGAAUCCGGCCACUUGGGCUCCCGAUGUCAACCAGAUGCUGGAUGGCACCUUCGUCAUGUACUACUCGGCCACUGCCAAAGCUGAUCCUUCGAAGCACUGUGUCGGCGCAGCCAAGUCGAGCACUGUUACGGGACCAUACACGCCCAUCGGGUCAGCGGCAUUCAUCUGUCCACUAUCACAAGGAGGUGCAAUUGACGCUUCCGGCUACUAUGUGGGUGGCAAAAGAUAUGUCACCUGGAAGAUCGAUGGAAAUUCUCUGGGCCAUGGUGGAGCAUGCAGCAACAUGGUGGCUCCAAUUGUCACCACUCCGAUAAUGGUCCAGCAAGUUGGAAACGACGGCGUGUCCUUCAUAGGUGCCGCAAAAAAAAUCAUGGAUAACGACGGGGUCGACGAUCAGGGCGUGGUCGAGGCACCUUCUCUGGUCAAAAUUGGAAGCACAUGGGUUCUGUUCUUCUCUUCCGGAUGCUUCGUUUCGACCUAUAACCAGACAUACGCGACAGCUUCAUCGAUCAUGGGCCCGUAUACACGGGCUACUAAGCCUCUGUUCUACAACGGUGUCGACGGUCUGACCAAUCCAGGAGGUGGCGACAUUCAGCCGGACGGCACACAUCUGGUCUUCCAUGCCAACGCUCCUUCAGGUCGUGCGAUGUUCCAGGCGACUGUGAGCUUGAACGGGCGUGCUAUCACCGCCUAG